AUGGCCGACGACGCCGCCACGUCCACGGAAGAGACGCAGAUCACCUUCAAUGUCAAGGCCGCAAACGACCAGAAGCAUGUCCUGACACUGCCAAGCACCACGACGGUCGGCGACCUCAAAGCCAAGCUGUCCGCCCCCGAAUACGCAGACAUCCCCGCCGAGCGCCAGCGUCUGAUAUACUCUGGCCGCGUGCUCAAGGACCCAGACACGCUGGGCGGGGUCAAGAUCAAGGACGGCCACACCAUACACCUCGUCAAGGGCGCAGCAAGCAACGUGCGACAGAACCCUGCGAAUCAGGGCACAUCGAGCACUGCAGGCGCAACUGGUGGUUCGUCGGCAUCUCAAGUACCGACCAACAUCGCUGCAGGCACGGGGAAUAACCCUCUCGCGGGCCUCACGGGUGCGCGGUAUGCCGGCUUCCACGGCCUGCCUGGUAUGGACACGUUCGGCCCAGAUGGAGGAAUGGGCCCGCCGCCAACCACAGAGUCUAUGCUCGAGAUGAUGGACAACCCCAUGUUCAUGACGCAGCUGAACGAGGCUAUGAACAACCCCGCAGUGGUCGACAUGAUGAUGCAAAACCCCAUGAUUCGCAACAACCCAAUGCUCCAGAAUAUGCUUAGGAACCCCGAGAUGCGCCGAAUGAUGUUCAGUCCCGAGAUGAUGCGCAUGCAACUGCAGAUGCAGCAGAACAUGGGAGGGAAUCCUGGCGGAUCGAGCUUCCCUGCUCCAGGCGCGACAGACAACACACCACAGGCGGGCUCAACGGCGACUGGCAACCAGGCAAACCCCGCAGCCUCAGCAGACCCAUUUGCUAUGUUUGGUGGAGGAGGUGCUGGGGCUGGGGCUGGGGCUGGUGCUAAUCCCUUUGCUGGUCUCUUCGCAGGAGGUGCGAAUCCACUCGCUCCCCAACAACAACAACAACAGAACCAAAACCCAGCCAACACCACAGGCACAGACUCGAACGCUUCGCAACAACCGCCACAAGACGCUGGAGCGGUACCUGCGAACCCCUUCGGAAACCUCUUUGGCGGGGCGCAAGGCCAGCAGGCAAACCCCUUCGCAGAAGCAGCACAGAACCUGAUGCAGAACCCGGAGGCUAUGCGCUCCAUGAUGCAAGCCAUGGGCGGAGAUGCAGGCGGCGCAGGCGCAGGCGCAGGCGCGAACCCCUUUGCUGCUUUUGGCCAGCCUCCUGCAUCAGCUACAGGCGCGACAGGCGGUGCUGGAGGAGCGAACCCGUUUGCUGCGCUCUUCGGACCCGGCGGUGGUUUCGGCGCGGGAGGAGGAUUUGGCGCACCUCCACCAGCAGACACCAGACCACCCGAAGAAGUCUACGAAUCUCAGUUGAGACAGCUGAACGAAAUGGGGUUCUACGAGUUCGAUCGUAAUGUGGCAGCGCUACGGAGGAGUGGUGGCAAUGUGCAGGGUGCUAUUGAACAUCUCCUUGGGGGAACGUAG